ACUUCGAAUGCACACAAGCGGACCAAUCAGGAUCAACGUUCUUUGUCAUGUCGCCGGACUGCUCCAUAACAGCUGGAAAGAUUAAACAACAAUAAUUACGUGUCUGUAUAAUCAAUAAGUGCAAUUCACCAUUAUCCCACAAAGUGGCACUGUUUAAAACCUAAUGAUGACGCGAUUUUUCGCUCAUAAUUGGCGCGUGCAUAAAACAAUCAUCUGUAAAACUUUAACUGGCUUGAAUGGCUUUACUGCAGAGCAAUUACUGUACAUAAUAAUAUAUAAGUGUCACUGUCGUUUGAUGUUGGAUGUGGUGAAUAGCGAUCAAAAUGUUGUUUUUGAAGAGGCUGAAAACGAUAGUUUUGAGAAUAUAUUGAGAUUGUGAAUAUGAGCCAGAUGCUGAAUGUAUAGAGGGAAAUGCGCUCUGACCAUGGCAGUGAUGCCUUAUUCAGAAGCAAGAGCAACAUGUCAGAACAGCAUAUGGACGACACAGCAGCUCUUGCACUGAAAAACCCCAGAACAUCAAACAUCCAACAUACGGCGGGAUGCAGUCGAGGUGUUACCAUCAACCCACUGGCCUGGGCCAAGAUGGACCUGACCUCCAUGACCUGCAGAUGAAGGUCGACUUCUUUCGUAAGCUGGGUUACUCUCCACAAGAGGUGAAGGCCGCCCUGAGGAAGCUCGGCCUGGGGACGGACACCAACGCGGUGCUGGGGGAGCUGGUGCGUUCAGGGGCCAAGGCAGUGCCCUCCUCUAGCUCUGACAGCGAUGAUGGUGGGUUCAGUUUGCCCCAUCGGGGAGGAAGCUCAUCUAGGGCACAGGGCUCAACGCUGGAGGACACCACUGAACCCGAAAGUGACCUCAAGCCUAUUGUUAUUGAUGGCAGCAACGUGGCCAUGAGUCAUGGGAACAAGGAAGUGUUUUCCUGCCGUGGGAUUGAGCUGGCAGUUAAUUACUUCCUUGACCGAGGACACAGAAAUAUCACUGUGUUUGUGCCUUCCUGGAGAAAAGAGCAGCCCAGGCCUGAUGUACCUAUUUCAGAUCAGCGUAUUUUGGAGGAGCUGGAAAGGAAGAAGUUUCUUGUGUUUACACCUUCACGAAGGGUCGGAGGAAAGCGCGUGGUCUGCUAUGAUGAUCGCUUUAUUGUCAAAUUAGCUCAUGAUCUGGAUGGCAUUAUAGUGUCCAACGACACAUAUCGUGACCUGCAAAGUGAACGUCCGGAGUGGAAGCGUUGCAUUGAGGAGAGAUUGCUUAUGUACUCCUUUGUUAAUGACAAGUUCAUGCCACCUGAUGACCCUCUCGGCCGUCAUGGACCCAAUUUAGAUAAUUUUCUUCGUAAAAAAGCGAUGUUGCUUGACCACAAGCGACAACUCUGUCCAUAUGGAAAAAAGUGCACAUAUGGGAUCAAGUGUAAGUUCUACCACCCUGAGCGCACAAACCAGUCACAGCGUUCUCUAGCCGAUGAGCUUCGAGAGAAUGCCAGACUGUCUGGUUCAAAAGAGGAAAGCAGAGUAACUGGGCCACUAAGAGGCAUGUACCCAAGAAAUGACCCUGGUUUUGGGUCCAGCGCACCCUCCUUGGAGCAAGAACUGGAACAAAAGCUCAACUUGAAUCCCAAGAGCUCUGACGGCAGGGAUGUUAUGCUCCAGUACUGGGAGGACAUUUUGUCCACCAAAAAGCCCUUAAAUACAACCACAGUGGGACAACGCAGUGCUUCGAUAGACAGAACCAGUCUGCAAGCACCUUACCCAACAAACCCUUCGUCUAUUUUCAGUUCUGACUCAGGGCUAGGAUCCUAUGAAAGCCAGUUUUCAGAUCCGUCCCAGAGCAUUGAGUUGCAUAGGACGAGAUACAAUCAUCCACCAAUGUCUGGUAACCUUGGUGUACCUGCAGGUGGCCAGCACUACUAUGACAACACGAGUCAUUUCUCCAACUAUCAGCCCAACUUUGGUGCCUACAGCUCCCUACCUCUGCCCAACCCCAUCCAGCGUCAUAGUCUCCCUGCUUAUGGUGCCUGGUCUUACCCUUACUUCUUAGCACAAGCAACCAGUUUACCCGAACCUUUACCCUGUCCUAGCUCGCACAGGUCUCCCGAUGUCUACGGAAACCAGCAGCACUCAGCCAUGCCACAGUCCAGUGCUUUCCAGGAAGAAAGAGAGGAGGUCAGGAAGAAGCUUCAUGCGAUUUUUAACCCACAUCAUGUAAACAAAGUUAUGGAAAUGUUCCCACAGCUGAAAGAUGCGCAGCAGCUAGCGGCAGAGAUUCUCAAACUCAAGUCCAGAGGAGAGUUCUUCUGAUUCAUUGAAACUUUGGGACCAUAAAAAAAGACUGCAUGCCAAGUUUCUCAAAAGAAAGAGUUAUCUACACUCUCAGAAAAAAUUUGCAAACAUUGUACCUUUAAGGGGUACUUUUUUACCCUUAAAAAAAAAGUGCUUUAAAGGUACCUAUUACAACUCUAAGGUAUACACCUUUUAGGGGGAGAUGAGGUUCAAACUUGUCGAUUUAGGGGUACAGCAACUUGUCACUCGGGCGCUCCUUGAACUUUGUACGUCUUUACUCUUAAUUUUAUAGUAGUACUUUAAAGGUACCUAUUACUAAUAUGCACCUUCGCGGGGUAGAUAAGGUACAUAUAUGUCCAUUUAAGGGUACUGCCCCAUUGACAAGCUGUUGUACCUCUAAAGGUAUGCAAUUGUAAUUUUUUUUCCUGUAGCUUUGGUAGCUCUUUUCUGUUGUUUUUUGUGCUCUUUAAAGUCUCAAAAACCUGAAUGACUUAUCACAUAGUACAUGUGGUAACUAUGUAUGACUAAAAAAGUCAAAUGUGUUUCUAGAUGUUUUUUAAGAGGUUGAUGCACAUUGCAUCAAUUGUUGCUCCUAAUGUGUAGCAAACUGUACAGUACCGUGGCUCGAAGGCUACAGAUUUGGUUUUGGACAGAAGUUGAAAUGUAAUUUGAGCAUUCUAAAUAUAGUUGUAUGUAAUUGCAGUCAUUAAGGAACCUCCCUGUUUUCAAUGUUCUGAGAUAAUUUUCUAGUUAGUAUGUCUGCUGUUAAUUGUUCAUUCAAAUUAGCUCCACCACAGAAUGACUUCAAAUAGUAGUAGGUGUGAUUCCUUGUCUCCUGCAGUCUUUCCGUUGUAUUUCUUUUUCAAUUAUUGUGGGUGGGAAUCCCCUGAUGUUUUUAUUUUGAUACUUAUGUCAAGCGCUGUGAUUUGACUCUGUGAUGCAUUGUAGUUUUUGAAACUUACCACAGUACUGGACAUCAUCUUUAAUUGUGAUUGGUUCUGCUGUGUAAUUCGGAGCUUGUUGAUUUUGACAAUUUGAAUGUACAAAGGACAUCUCACGUUUUUCCUUCUAUGCAAAAUUGACUUGCAUCAUCUCAUUGUUCAAACAUCUGCUCUCAAACAAGAAAAGAGCAAAUUCUUUGCACUAAGUAGUCAUGCUUUCAUUUGUGUGUGUCAAAGUUUUGACAUAAUGGUGUAUAUUAUACAAUGAAUAUCCUAAAAAAAUUUAGGCUUUAGAUGUGUCAAUUCAACAUAAUGAUGAAAGUAAUUAUUAUAAUAUAUGCUGAUAUUUUAGCCACUGUUUUCAGAUGAGCAUAUAGGUAUUUGUGUAAUCUGAACACACUUGUAUGUCUUCUAAUAUCUAUAUUAAUGUGAACAAAUUCAAAGUCACUGUCAGUGAGUAUGAGUUUGUACAGUUUCAUAUUUUCUCUUCAGAGGAGACAGUCUUAGCAGAUUUUUAGUUAUAGCAUUUGUUUGCAAAGAUGUUCCAUAGACAUAUUUUAUGCUUGUUAUUUUUCAGUUUUAAUAAUUUCACAAAAUCAGCAAUAACACUUAAAGCCUUUAUGUAUAUAUAAUGCAUUAUGUAUUCAUAAUGUAAAUUGUAAUGCAUUGUUUUUCAGAAAAAAUUAUUGUAACCAAAUUUAAAAUGCAUUGUAAUAUUUAUUUGUUUCUUUGUUUCUUUGUUUGUCAUGUGUUUUAUACUUUCUAAAGAUGCAACAAUGAGUUUUUAAGUAAUGUAAUGUAUUAUAACUGUGGAAACAAUUAUUCAUUUGUUCAUACAAUGCAUUAUAAAGUGCAUUACAAGACAUAAUUAAAACUACUUUUAAUGCAUCAUAUAUAAAGGCUUUAAGUAACGUGUUACCAGAUUAACUGCUUUAACAUAGCUUGUUGUGUGCAGUUCAUGGUGUCCAAGUAGCAACUUGCAACAUGUUUGUAUCCUGCCGGUGCAUUAUAAUCAUUAAUGUGAACAGGAAAUAAGUUCUCAAUGUUGUAUUGGCAAAUGCAAUGGGACAAAAAUGAACUUCCUGCUCCUUGUCCCUAAGGCUUAAACAGCAAUAAAAAAAAUAAUAGUAAUAAAAUUGAAUAAAUAAAAAGCUAAAUGUG